AUGAGUAUCUUGGCUUGGAAUUGCCAGGGUCUAGGAUCACCCCCGGCAAUUCGGAUUCUCACCGACGAGGUGAAAUCCAAAAAUCCGAUCCUGGUGUUCCUUGUGGAGACCAAAGCACGUUCUAGCAGAAUGAAGGGAUUCCUGAGGAAAUUGGAGAUGACCCAGGGAAUUGAUGUUCCUAGUGACGGCAUGAGCAGCGGGUUGGCUAUGAUUUGGAAGGAAGGCGCAGAUAUUAGGUUCAAAAGCUGCUCCAACUCGCAUAUCGACGUGGUGGUAUACGAUGAGAAGGGGCGGAAUCCAUGGAGGGCGACCGGGUUUUAUGGGCAUCUGGACGUAAGGAAGAGGCAUAUAUCAUGGAGUUUUCUUGAAACAUUGAAGAAGCAAUGUGAUAUGCCGUGGGUGGUCUUUGGUGAUUUCAACGAGAUCACCCACCCCGAUGAAAAACUUGGAUGGGCAGACCGAGAUGCAGAUCAAAUGAGAAAGUUUAGAGAUUGUUUGAGUGUGUGUGGUCUUAAUAAUUUGGGAUUUGUGGGAAGCAGAUUCACUUGGUGCAACGGCCGGUUUGGGGACCAACGGACCCUAGUUAGGCUGGAUCGAGUGGUGGCCAAUGAGGGCUGGCUUGCUAAUUUCUCCGAAGCGCAAGUUCACCACGUCUCAAUGGCAGCUUCGGACCAUUGCCUCUUGGCUUUGUUCUUAAGGAAAAAAGUGCCACCAAAGAAAGUGAGAAAGAGAUUCUUUUUUGAGGCCAUGUGGAUCAAAGAUGAAAGAUGCAAGAAGGUGAUUGAAGGGGCUUGGGAUCCAUUACGGGCUGAUGUGGAUAUUCAGGAGAGGAUUAAAAAUUGUCAAGGGCAGCUUAGAAGAUGGAACCAUGGGGUCUAUGGGAAUGUGAAUAAGGUGCUGAAGCUGAAACAGGACAGGCUCAGACACCUUGAAGAUUUGAAUCUCUUGCACGAGACAGCGGAAGAAAUUCAGGGAUUGAAAAAGGAGAUCAAUGAGAUACUCAUAAGGGAGGAGGUAAUGUGGAAUCAAAGAUCAAGGGCUUUAUGGAUCAAAUGUGGUGACCGCAAUACAAAAUUCUUCCAUGCCACGGCAAAUCAAAGACGAAAGACUAACAAGAUUGAGGGGAUUCGGGGCGCGAAUGAUGUAUGGUUUGAUCAGCCGGAGGACAUUGAGAGAGAAGUCCUUGAGUAUUUUUCAUCCAUAUUUAGCACAGCAAGUCCAUCUUCGUUUGCUGCUAGCUUGGGUGCCAUAAACCCGCUGGUCUCGGAUGAAAUGAAUGCUGCUCUCCUUAAGGAGUUUAGUGUGUUGGAAGUCCGGAAAGCUCUGCAUCAAAUGAAACCUACCAAAGCCCCCGGCCCCGACGCAUUCGAAACUAUGCAUAGCAUUGAAUUACGAAGAAGAGGGAAACAGGGUCUGAUGGCAAUAAAACUUAAUAUGAGCAAAGCGUACGAUAGAGUGGAGUGGGCUUAUUUGGAUGCAAUGAUGAGAAAAUUGGGGUUUGCAAAGAGAUGGAUCAAGCUGAUUAUGAUAAAUACAAGUAGAGAUUGUCAAGAAGAAAUUAAGGAGCUGUUUGGGGCCCAAAUCAUCCAACAACAUGAAAGAUAUUUGGGAUUGCCCCCACUUGUGGGCCACGGAAAGAGGAAAGCUUUCUCUCGGGUUAAAGACCAAGUCGGGGGGAAAAUAGCUAAUUGGAAAGGCAAGCUAUUGUCCAACGCGGGUCGUGAGAUUCUUAUUAAGGCGGUUGCCCAAGCCACACCUUCAUACACAAUGAGCUGCUUUAAGUUCUCGGAUUCACUUUGCAAAGAGCUUAAUUCGAUGACGCGAAAUUUCUGGUGGGGGCAGAAAGAUAAGGAGAGGAAAAUGGCUUGGAUCUCUUGGGAAAAGCUAUGCAUCCCUAAAUCGGAAGGUGGCAUGGGGUUUAAAGAUCUUAAGGCAUUCAAUCUCGUGCUCCUAGCCAAACAAGGGUGGCGGCUUCAACAAAACCCAAACUCCAUUACCUACAAAAUACUAGCAGCAAAGUAUUUCAAGGGAAGCAACUUCAUGGAGGCAAACUUGGGCCGAAGACCUUCCUAUGUGUGGAGAAGUUUGCUGGCAGCAAGGGAAGUUCUUGAGAGGGGGUCCCGAUGGAUUAUUGGUGAUGGAAAAAAGGUUAAGACCUGGGAGGAUAGAUGGCUCCCAACUCCAAACACCUUCAAAGUAAUGAGCCCGAGGAGUCAAUUUCAAGUGUUGGAUAGAGUGGAGAAGCUAAUAGAUAGGGAGACAGGCUCUUGGGAUGCAGACUUGGUGAAGAGCAAUUUUGUUGCUCAUGAGGCAGAAAUCAUAUUAAGUAUCCCUAUUAGUAGCACACUCCCUGAGGACUCUCGGGUUUGGGCAGGAACAAGGAAUGGUUUUCUUACUGUUAGAAGUGCCUAUGAAGUGGCUUUCAACCUCAUUAAGGAAGGAAAAAAGCAAGUGGCCUUAGGGGAAAGCUCAGACAAAUCAAAAAUGAAGGAUUUUUGGAAGUUUAUUUGGAAGUUGGAGUGCCCGAAUAAGGUAAAACAGUUUUUCUGGAAAGCCUGCAAAGACAUUCUACCCACCAACUCUAUGCUUGUUUCUCAGAAAAUCACCGGGAUUGAUAGUUGUGGGUUGUGUGGUCUACGUGAAACCUCGGGUCAUGCUCUUUGGGGAUGCAAGUUUGCUUCAGAGGUAUGGAAAAAUGGAGGUCUACCAACAAGAGUUAGAGACCAGCUUCGGUACUCAAAGGAAUUCAUAGAUGUGGUGUGGAGGCUGAAGGAGGAUAAGUGUAUCCAAGACUGGGAGUGGUAUGCAAUCACGGCAUGGAAAAUAUGGAAUAACAGGAAUUCUUUCAAGCAUGAAGGCCUGUGUAAACAGCCAAAGCAAAUUGCAGUGGAGGCCCGAAAUUACACUGAGGAAUGCAGACAAAGUGAUCCUACCCCUAAUGGAAUUCAGGUUCGAACCAAAACUUGCUGGCAACCGCCAAGGGCUGGAUGGUAUAAAGUCAACGUGGAUGGAGCCAUUUUCAAGGAUGCUAGUUGCUGUGGUGUUGGAAUCGUAAUCAGGAAUGAGAAAGGCCAAGCCAUGGAUGCAUUAAGUAAAAGAUUUCAACUUCCCCUGGGGCCUUUAGAGAUUGAAACAAAGGCUAUGGAGGAAGGCAUUCAGCUGGCAAAAGAUCUUAGUCUUAAGGAGAUGCAAAGCAGGUGGUGA